UCCACCGCGCCCACCCCACCACCGUCAUCGCGCUCGCGAGCUCAGUCGCAGCUCUCCACCGCCCACCGCGCCCUCCACCGCCCACCCUCACAACCACGACCCGCACCCUCACAACCACAACCACAACCAUGAUCAACGCCGUCCUCGUCUUCAACAACAACGGGCAGCCACGGCUAGCCAAGUUCUACUCCCAAAUCGACCAAUCGCUCCAACAGCGCCUCCUCACGCAAAUAUUCACACUAAUCAGCACUCGCCCCUCGAACUCUUGCAACUUCCUUCCCCUCCCGCCGCUCCUCUCCUCUCCCUCCCAGGGCGAACAAAUCACUUUGUUAUACCGGCACUACGCAACCCUCUACUUCAUAAUCAUCAGCGACUCUUUGGAAUCCCCGCUGGGCCUGCUGGACCUGAUCCAGGUUUUCGUCCAGGCCCUCGACCAGCUGUUCGAGAACGUGUGCGAGCUCGAUCUGAUAUUCAAUUUUGAAACGCUGCAUGCGACCCUCGAGGAAAUGGUCGUGGGAGGAUGCGUGGUCGAGACGGAUCUGAAAAAGGUUGUGGAUGCGGUUAGGGGUGCGGAGAAGGGGGGGAAGAAGGGUGCGGGAGGGGGGGGUGGGGGGAUGGGUGGGGGAGGGGGACAAGGUGGGGGGGGAGGGGGGAUUGCGGGAGUUGUGGGAGGGCUUGGGAGGGGCGGGUUUAUGGGCGAGGGGUGGGGACAUCGGUGAGCGGGUGGGAGUGGAUGGUGGAUUUGAUGAGCACAAAUGGGACUGCAUUGGACUGUAUGCUGGAUGGAUGUGCCGUUGAAUACAGGGCAAGAUAACCGUCAAGGUAGAAGGCACGGAUAACGAGCACAUGGCGAUUCUGUACAGCGAGAUUCCAAAGCACAAGCAUGGGCAUGGGCAUGGACUGAACAUGAC